AUGUGGUUCAAGUAUUUUGCAGAAAUAAGCGCCCCCGUGCCUGCAGACGCCCCCACGGCCCCCGCGGCCCCCACGGCCUCCACGGCCCCCCAGGCCGGGAGCAUCUCCGACCCCCCCACCAGCAUCUCGGUCCACGGCUUCUCGGAGCGGAUCCUGGAGACGCUGGUCCACUUCCACGUGAUGACGCUGCGCGGCGGCUUCUUCCUGUGGGUCGGUUCUGCUCCGGUUCUGUCCAACCUGGCCGUGUCCAUGAGCAGCAGAUACGACUCGAUGCCUUUGUCCACGUUAGUGAUGGGAGACCCGUCGAACACCGCCGCGAUUAGGUGA